AUGGACGAGUCAUGGAGGAUGCGAAUGGGAAUGGCGACGAGGCCCAAACACAGAGGCAACCUACCCCGGCGGAGGUCGACGGAGGAGACGUCGGCUGCCAGAGCAGUCUUCGGCGCCGACUGUGAAUUAUUAGGACCCGAGGACUUCGCCGACGUCUUCGGAGGGCCACCUCGGACGGUGCUAUCGCGGCAGUUCUCCACCGGAGAGUUCUCCAAGUCGUCAAAUCCGUUUUACGAGGAGAUUUUCCGGCCGCCGCAGAAGGAGGAUCCGGCGAGAAGUGGAGGCAGGAACUUGCCGGAGUUCAGGAUUCCGGCGAUCAGAGAGAGGGAGGAAGGAUUUUACAGCGACAUAUUCGGGAAAGAGGAUGGCGUUAGGAGGUCGAGAUCGAGGUCGAAGCCGAACUCCAAAUCGAAGUCGAAUUCCUCGUCGGUGCUCAGCUCGGAGGAGCUGAGUCCUCUCCGGCCGGCGGAUGUAGCCAACGGCGACAGUUUGUUCUCCUCGUUUGCUUCGAAGCUCAGGCCCAUAAAUGUGCCAUGUAGAUGGAGCUCAUCAACAAUGAUGCCAGAGGAUCAACACCCAUGGCAGCAAGAGAUGCCUGCUUUUCCAACAGAUAGCUCUUCCUACAUUAACAGCCGAUUUACUGAGAGUGAGUUCAUCGACAACUUCAGAAGCUCCCAGUUUGGAUUCUCAAGAAGGGUACCUUCCCCAGAGAUCAUUAGUCUCGAACCAAACUCAUACGGGAGUGUCAAGGCAUCAAUGGAUGACCAAGAACUCAACUCCCCUUCAUCUGUGGUCUCCUCAUUGUGUCAAGAUGCAGAGCCCAAAGCCACAAGUACAGUCAGGGAUGAGGUUUUCCUAGAACAGGAAAUGGAGCAAGAAGAUGACGAAGUUAUGAGCUCAUUUGUCAUUGAGAUUAAUGUGGACCAUAGGGAAGGGACAGAGGAAGCAUUGGGCAUUGACGAAGCUAUUGCAUGGGCCAAAGAGAAGUUCCACACACACUGUCCUGAGAAAAAUUGGAGCAAACAUGACCAAGACCAGUCUGCUGAGGCAAAAGGAUUUUCAGAUCGACAAAUAGAUGGGGUUGGAAGUGGCAAAAUGGGAUUCCCAGUGGAAGAAGAGCCAAAUAUAUGGGUGCCACGAGGAGGAGAAUCCCAGGAGAAAAAUGAAAAUAGGGAAAUGGAGCAAUUAGAUGAAAACAUAAGGCUGUGGUCAGCUGGUAAGGAGGAUAGCAUCCGGCUCCUUCUCUCUUCAUUGCACCAUAUAUUGUGGCCGACUAGUGGGUGGUUUGCAAUCCCUCUAACAAGCCUGGUUGAGAGCUCACAAGUGAAAAAGGCUUAUCAGAAAGCCAGGCUCUGUCUGCACCCAGACAAGCUGCAGCAAAGAGGUGCAACCCUUACACAAAAGUACGUCGCGGAGAAGGCAUUUUCAAUUCUCCAGGAAGCAUGGGCAGCAAAUAUCUCCCAAGACGAUGUCCUUGGCUAGAGGAUGAUCAAAUUCUCUAGAACCGUUUCACUAGAACAAGGGGGUUUUGUGUGAACAUAUGUAUUCUGCAAAGAAAAUUGCCAUGAAUGAGAUAAGUUCAGCAUGGAGGAGUUGUCUUUGGAUGAGAUUACUAGAAACACUGCAUCAUAUUCUGUGCCAAUAUAUAUAUAUAUAUAGCCCAACCCCACCGACAGGCUGCUCCAGCUAACAAUGGAUCAAUUUAAGGGUUUUCACUGCUCACUUAUAAUCUAUCUGAUUGCCUUAGAUUUGAGGAUGAUGAUGAGAUUAUCAUGACUCUGAAUUACUUGUAUUGCUGUUUCACUUGUGUAUUAUAUAUGAUGGCAUCGUCUAGAAACA